GAUAAAUCAUACGCACAUAUUGUUUCUUGGGGAGUGACCGGUGAUACAUUUGUCGUUCACGAUCCUACAGAAUUUGCCAAAACAAUAUUGCCACAACAUUUUAAACAUAAUAAUAUGGCAAGUUUUGUUAGACAACUAAAUAAAUAUGACUUUCACAAGAUAAAAAGUAACGAUGACGAAGCAAGGCCUUACGGCGAACAGGUUUUUAAUGAAUUUUCGGCUCAUCACGCAUGGGAGUUUCAACAUCCAAAAUUUCAGCUUAACCGUAGAGAUUUAUUAGAAGAUAUAAAACGUAAAGUUCCAACACCACGAAAUAGACCAACACAAGCAGACAGAACUAAAACUGAUGAACAACAAAUAACAGAUGAAUCGUCACCGGACGAUGGAACAAGCGGUUGCAGUACUGCUGGAAACUCGGUAGCACCCGCGCCUCCAAGCAUCCAUCAAGAUCUACAUUCUCAAGUGGAAAAUCUUACAGAAUUACAUGCCGAUUUGACUGGACAAGUCAGUACUCUAUCAAGAAAUUGUGGUUCCAUUUUAGAGGAAAUAAUUACUUUUAGACGUAAUCUUGCUGCGCAAGAUGCUUUACUUAGUAAUUUGUAUCAAAUUCUGACUCAACAAUUAAGUCAAGAUCGUUUAUUUCAAACCGAUUCGCCUUCGCGUAACUCUUCAAUGUCCUUAAAUGUACAAUCCUCUUCUUCUCCUAAUGAACAAUUCAAUAACAGCAGAUCAAGUUCUACAACUGAUAUGACGCCUUCAAUUUUACAGCUCUCGAGAAAUUUAGUCUCUCGCAAUAUUGAAGACGUUCACCCCAACUUUAAUCAACUAAUGGGUACACCUGACAGAAUGCAAUCUCAUGCUCAACAAUUACCUGUUUCUCCAACUUCACCAUCAUCAACAAGGCCAUUAUUGCCUACAUUACAAUCCUCAACAAUUUAUUCUUCUAUAAAUUUAUCUGAUGAUAUAAGCAAUGAUCAAACAAUUUUAUCUUUAAAUAACCCUGUAAAUUUUAAAUCUUCAAUCCCGAUUGAUAUGAGCCAAGUAAAUACUGCAAAUAUUCCUGUUAAUUAUAAUAUUCAACCUGGGACAAUAACUACUUCUCCAAUUAGUCUGGAUACACAAUCUCCAUUUUCUCAACAGUUUUCUUCUUCAAUAGGAGCGUUUGACACAUCACAUAUAAAUACUCCAAAUGUUAGUCAAUCAUCAUACGAUAUGAGUCAAUUACAAUUGCGUCAAUUCCUUCCAGGUCCUUCUCAGACCGCCACUACUUCACCAGCAAAUCGAAUUUAUAUUCGUGGUAGAUCAUCAAUUUCUGUUCCAAACACGCAUCAUUUAAGCGAUGAUGAUAAUGGUGAUA